ACUCUGGAUAUUUUUUACAUUACCAAUAUUAAAAAAUUCUGAGCAUCUCGUUUAUCUGGAGCCCUUCCUACCUCUCUCCCUUAUUGAAAUCACGAGCCAUCAUCCGAGCAUCUACCGAAAGAUAUAGAGAGAGAAAAUCACAUUUUCAGGGAGAGGAUAAUUGGAGAGAGAGAGAGAGAGAAUGGCGUCGGUGGGGAGGGUGGAUCUAGACGGGAACGCGAUCAAGGGGAUGACGAUAUGCAUGAUAGGGGCGGGGGGGUUCAUAGGGUCCCACCUGUGCGAAAAGCUGAUGGCGGAGACGCCGCACAAGGUGCUGGCGGUGGACGUCUACAGCGACAAGAUCAAGCACCUCCUCGAACCGGCCGAGGCGUCCGUCCCGUGGGCCGACCGCAUCCAAUUCCACCGCAUCAACAUCAAGAACGAUUCCAGGCUCGAAGGCCUCAUCAAAAUGGCAGAUCUGGUGAUAAAUCUUGCAGCGAUCUGCACUCCGGCGGAUUACAACACGCGUCCUCUUGAUACGAUUUACAGCAAUUUCAUCGAUGCACUGCCCGUGGUUAAGUACUGUUCGGAAAACAACAAGCGUCUCAUCCACUUUUCUACUUGUGAAGUCUAUGGGAAAACAAUUGGAAGCUUUCUUCCUAAAGACAGCCCUUUGCGGCAGGAUCCUGCUUAUUUUGUUCUUAAAGAGGAUGCUUCCCCCUGCAUUUUUGGAUCUAUUGAGAAGCAGAGGUGGUCCUAUGCUUGCGCAAAGCAAUUGAUUGAGAGGCUGAUCUAUGCUGAGGGUGCGGAGAAUGACCUUGAAUUCACUAUUGUGAGACCUUUCAACUGGAUCGGUCCCAGGAUGGACUUCAUACCCGGCAUCGAUGGUCCCAGUGAGGGUGUCCCAAGAGUACUGGCAUGCUUCAGUAAUAACCUUCUUAGACGAGAACCGCUCAAGCUUGUGGAUGGCGGUGAAUCACAAAGAACAUUCAUCUAUAUCAAGGAUGCAAUCGAGGCGGUUCUUCUGAUGAUUGAAAAUCCAGCUAGGGCGAAUGGACAUAUAUUCAAUGUUGGCAACCCUAACAAUGAAGUUACUGUCAGGCAACUGGCUGAAAUGAUGAAUGAGGUUUAUUCGAAGGUUAGUGGAGAACCUAGUCUGGAAGUACCCACCAUUGAUGUAAGCUCCAAAGAAUUCUAUGGUGAGGGGUACGACGACAGUGACAAGAGGAUUCCUGACAUGACCAUAAUCAAUAGACAACUUGGUUGGAAUCCAAAAACGUCACUUUGGGACUUGCUUGAAUCUACCCUUACCUAUCAACACAGGACAUAUGCUGAGGCAGUAAAGCAGGCCAUUUCAAAACCUCUUGCUUCUAACUAAAGGGGAAAAACUUUCCGAGUUGCACCGUGUGCUUAGGAGUCUACUGCAUUGGGACGUGUUUCAAUUCUUUCGAAGGUGUUAUAUUAAAGUCGAUAUUCCACAUUCAUUCUGGUAUACACUACAUAUAAUUUUUUUUUUGUCUUCCCUGUGUCGCUGGUCAAUAGUUCACAUGUCCUCAGGAAUUUGUAUCUGUAGUUUUCUUUGCUAAAAGCACCGUAAACUCUAAGUUCAUUGCUACAAAGAUGUCUGCAAAUCUCAAAUUUUGGCUGGGUCACGGGGUGUGCAAAGCCUGUUCUGAUAUUUCAUGGAUUCAUUUCGUUCCUCUAUUUUGCUUGUCCAUUUAAGGAGUCUGUUGUAUGUAUUUAAUAGUUUGAUCCGGCCAGGAUGCUGUUUACUUGAGUUAUUAAUAAUAUCUUUUAUCUGUUUA